AUGACCCCCGCCCAUUUUGCAUUCUCAUCGGCCUUUAUGCUAGGCCUAGCCGGUCUUGCCUUUCACCGAACUCACUUUCUCUCGGCCCUCUUAUGCUUAGAGGGGCUUAUACUUUCAUUAUUUAUUGCACUAUCCCUAUGGGCCCUUCAAUUUGACACAAUAAACUCUGCAGCCCUGCCAAUGAUCUUACUAGCCUUUUCUGCCUGCGAGGCCGGCGCAGGCUUGGCACUCCUAGUAGCCACUACUCGAACCCAUAGCAACAGCCGGCUUCAAAGCCUGAGCCUCCUCCAAUGCUAA